UGCUCGAGCCUCCAGCUCACUCCGGUUCGUUACAUCUCAUCACCAGUAUAUGUCUCUCUAUAUAUACUUUUCUGGAAUCUUCCCCAUUUUCCUUGUCUUUGCUUGAUCGCUUCUAUUGUAAUCUCUCUAUCUUGAUAAUCGUGUGUGUCAAUGGCUACAAAGAAGAGCGUGGGUUCGUUGAAGGAGGCUGAUUUGAAGGGGAAGAGGGUGCUUGUGCGGGUGGAUCUUAAUGUUCCUUUGGAUGAUAACUUCAAUAUCACUGAUGACACCAGAAUUCGCGCCGCUGUACCUACCAUUAAGUAUCUUAUGGAGCAUGGUGCCAUAGUCAUCCUCUGCUCCCACUUGGGACGUCCAAAGGGUGUCACACCUAAGUACAGCUUGAAGCCUCUUGUGCCAAGGCUCUCUGAACUUCUUGGAAUUGAGGUCAAGAUGGCCAAUGAUUGCAUAGGUCCGGAAGUAGAGAAAUUGGUCGCUGAAAUCCCAGAAGGAGGUGUCGUGCUUCUCGAGAAUGUGAGGUUUUACAAGGAAGAGGAGAAGAAUGACCCUGAAUUUGCCAAAAAACUUGCCUCUCUGGCAGAUCUCUAUGUAAAUGAUGCAUUUGGCACUGCACAUAGAGCCCAUGCUUCUACAGAGGGUGUGGCUAGGUACUUGAAGCCUGCUGUUGCUGGUUUCCUCAUGCAGAAGGAACUGGACUAUCUUGUUGGAGCUGUUACAAGUCCCAAGAAGCCAUUUGCUGCCAUUGUUGGUGGCUCUAAGGUGUCAACCAAGAUUGGCGUGAUAGAAUCUCUCUUGGGGAAGGUUGACAUUCUGUUGUUAGGUGGAGGAAUGAUCUUUACCUUUUACAAGGCCCAAGGAUACUCAGUUGGCUCAUCCCUUGUAGAAGAAGACAAGCUUGAUCUUGCUACAUCACUUAUGGAGAAGGCUAAAUCUAAAGGAGUCUCUCUAUUGCUUCCUACCGAUGUGGUUAUUGCUGACAAAUUUGCUGCUGAUGCUAACAGCAAGAUUGUACCGGCAUCGCAAAUCCCAGAUGGUUGGAUGGGUUUGGACAUCGGACCUGAUUCCAUCAAGACAUUCAGUGAGGCUUUGGAUACCACAAAAACCAUCAUUUGGAAUGGACCCAUGGGUGUAUUUGAGUUUGAGAAGUUUGCUGCGGGAACUGAGGCAAUUGCCAAGAAGCUUGCAGAACUCAGUGGCAAGGGUGUGACAACAAUCAUCGGAGGUGGUGACUCUGUCGCCGCCGUGGAAAAGGUUGGGCUCGCUGACAAGAUGAGCCACAUCUCAACGGGAGGUGGAGCUAGCUUGGAGCUUCUCGAGGGAAAACCCCUCCCUGGUGUUCUUGCUCUCGACGAUGCUUGAUUCUUAGAUCUCCAUCUACAUUUUGUCUAAUGUUCGUUGGCAAAUAUAUGGUUGGUUUCUCAACCAAGAGUUGUACGAAUCUGUAAUCGGUAUGAUUUUGUAGAGCCAGUAGUAGAGUGACUUCAAAAUAAGCGUUUGGUGGCAAGCAUCUUUUAUGAUAAUGGAUUAAGGCUAUGUUUCAAUCUUUGUAGUAACUUGCUCUAUACAUGAACGAACAACUAUUUUAUUCUUCUCUUG